AUGGUCGCUCAAAGAUACACACUUUCCGCGCUUAGGUCGACACUGUCGGCUGCCUCCAGCGCCCCCCGUCAGUCAGUUGCUACAUCCUCGCGCACGUUUGCUUCCACCCCCUACAACAGAUCCGAUCGACCACCCACGGGCUCUUUCUCGCCACACCAGAACGAUGCUUCCUCUGCCUCCACCUCGUCCACCAACGCGUUCUCCUCUUCAAGGCCUGCUGCAACCUUUGGAAUGGAUGGAUCAGCAUCGGACCACAAGCAGACGCAUUUCGGUUUCAAGACGGUGGCCGAAGAGGAAAAGGAGUCGAUGGUAGCCUCGGUCUUCUCCUCGGUAGCGUCCAAGUACGACGUAAUGAACGAUGCCAUGUCAUUGGGUAUCCAUCGACUGUGGAAGGAUCACUUUGUGUCCAAGCUCGACCCACGUGGCGGCAUCAAGGUUCUCGAUGUAGCCGGAGGCACCGGCGAUAUCGCUCUGCGCAUUCUCGAUCACGCCAGGACCAAGCACUUUGACCGCGAGACGCACGUAACAGUCCUAGACAUCAACCCGAGCAUGCUCAAAGAGGGCCAAAAGCGGUUCAAGCAGACCAUGUACUGGGGCGGCCCACAAGUCAGCUUCCAGCUGGGCAACGCUGAACAGCUCGAUUCUAGCAUGUCAGUGCCUGCCGAACCCGUGCGAGGUCCCAACAGCAAACAUCCCUAUCUUCCUCCACUGGAGAGCAAGCCCAUUCCGGAUGAGUCGAUCGAUCUGUACACCAUCGCAUUCGGUAUCCGCAACUGCACCCACAUCGACGAGGUUCUUCGACAAGCCUACCGUGUCCUCAAGCCGGGAGGGGUCUUCAGCUGUCUCGAGUUCGGUAAAGUGAACAUUCCCUUCCUGGCAGAGGCGUACAAGCAGUACAGCUUUAACGUGCUUCCUCCGCUGGGCCAGAUGCUGGCGGGCGACCGUGCUUCGUACCAAUACCUAGUUGAGUCGAUUGAGCGCUUCCCGACGCAGCCUCAGUUUGCAAGGAUGAUGAAGGAUGCCGGCUUCCACCUGCCUGGUUCGCCAACAGCAACAAAUCUCGGCUUCCCUGCAGAGUCUGGAAGUGCGGCAGGAAGCGAAGAUGUCGCCGGUGCCUGGGAGGAUCUCACCUUUGGUGUUGCGACCAUCUGGACUGGAAUCAAACUCUGA